AUGGCACUGUAUCAGUAGGUGAUUCACUGUAUGUGUGGGCUGGUAAUCAGGAUGGUUUACGUGGAGUACAUGAUAGUGAAGAGAAGAGAAGGUUCACUAGUAAUAUACAGCACUUUACUCCUUCAACUGGUCAAUGGAUCACUAGAGCUACUACUGGUACUCCUCCAUUAGGAAUCAUUGGAUACUGCUGUACUGCAAUAGAUCUAUUGUAUUAUUUUGGGGGAUGGUGUGGCCAUGAAAAUUGCUUUCACAACAGUAUUACACAACUGGAUACCGUUAGUCUUAAAUGGAGAGAAAUAGAACCAACUGAUGCAACUAGACCAGUUAUGAGGAAAGCUUAUGGUGGAAUGAUAUCAUUUGAACAUGAUGGAGUACACCAUUUACUAAUGAUAGGUGGUGGAGGAUCUAAACCAGCUAUAGAACUACCUCAUUAUAAAUAUAUUGAGAAAUCUAAUAGAAAAUGGCAUACUAAUGAGCACUCAAUGUAUAAUCUAUCAUCAAAAAGAUGGAAUAAUCCUUCAAUCGUUGGUCAGUGUAUACCACCUGCUAGCCACUUUAUUAUCGAAAAGAUCAACAACACUAGAGCUGUUCUGUUUGGUGGACGACUGACUGAUGAUGAUGAUGAGGAUACGAAAACUAACAAUAUUUAUAUAUUAGAGAUAUCAAUCAGCACUGUGUUCUGGCAGUGUAUAAAGAAACCUGAAGCAAUAGACCAAUGGCCUGUGGGUAGAUGGGUUCAUGCAGGUGCUAUUAUUAUAACUGGAUCAGACUGUCCUAUGCUAUUGAUAUGUGGUGGGGGAGAUAUAAAUAAUGAUCCAUUAGAUGAUUGUUGGAUCUUUAACAUCACUCAACAUUCCUGGAUAAAGGUAUGUUAGAUAUUAUUACCCGAGACCGCGUAGGCGUAGUCGAGGGUAAAGCAGUCGUCCUAUCUGUGUGUUCGCUUUGACCUCCACUUUUGAGCUGACACUGCUUUCUUGUCUUGUCCUGGAGAGUCUUAUAAUCAACACUGGCUCUAGAAAAAGUUAUUCUCCGUCUUGGGAAUCCUUGAUUUGUCUUUCCGUGGUAAAAGAAGUUGGCAAAGUCGCCAAACGUAGUUGGCUCUCGUGCAGCUCUUUCGUAGUAAAAGCAAAAGAGCAACAGGGCAGAUAAAACAAUAAAGCAAAGC